AUGAAGGACAAUCAACAACUUAUAAUCACAUUAUUGGGUCAAAGAAAUGAACAAAAGAAUGGUGGAGGAGAAGAAAAAGAAGAGGCAGGUACAGCUGCAAUUGAUACUCAGAAGAGGACGACAAAGAGAAAGAAUAAUAAUCUUACACUUGUUGAGAAUAGAACGAAGAGGAAGAAUGAUGAUGUUGAUAAUGAGAAUAGGACGAAGAGGAAGAAUGAUGAGUUGAUGAACUCUAAGAGGAAGAAGACUGAGGAUGAUGAUGAGAUUACAAGAAAGAGGAAUGAGAGGAAGGAGAGGCGAGAGAGGCUGGCGAUUUUAUCAAAGAAGAGGAUUGCUGAUGAGUUGGACAAGAAGAGGAAUGCUGAGAAGUUGGCCAAGAAGAGGAAGGCUGAGAAGAGGAAUCGAAAAAGAACGAUGAGGAGGGAGGAGGACGAGGAGACUGAGGAGGAGGGAGACUUUGGAGAAGGACGAGGAGACUGA